AUGAACCUCUCUUCCACCGUCCGCAUCACAAACAACCUGAGCGUCCCCAUUGUGGUGCGCAGCAGUCUCCAGAUGCUCACGCAGGUUCUAGUAAUUCCCGCCAAGGGCCAGGAGUGGGUGCCGCUCCCCUGGCUUUUCCCUGAGGAGUUUUACUUCGUCACCGGCUUGAGCGCGGCGAACAUGUCUCUGGCGACCAACAAGGGGCUGCAAGCGCUUGCAAAGCAGGACGACCAAACACAAGAAUUUGGCCUAGAUUUGGACACCUUUCGCAAGAGUGUACCGAACGCACAGUCGCGGGCCACUGUAGCGCCGACGCCGGGUGCCUUCGCACCCUUCAGCACCGCCGCGGCAACCGUCUUUCCACAAGAGGGUCUCCGGCAGGCCGAGAACGUGGCAAAGAUUCUUGCUAACCUGCCCUGGGACAUCGUGACAGCGCAGGACGAAGUGGACGAGACUGACAUGCGGUCCGGCUCGAAAAGCAAAAAGAACCGGUGUCACGAAUGCUGCUGCGGGGAGAGUCGCGCGAGAAGCUCGGAACAGCACGUGGGGAAGGUGCACAGCAUUUCGCGGGACGAAGAUGGCAUGGUGUCGCCGACAUGGCGACAAGAUGAUCUGGACUUGCGCCACAAGACCAUACUAGGCGCAACGCCAGGCAGUGACCGCAGCUCCCCCCUGCAUGGGUCGCAGAUGACAGAUUCCCCGACCACCGUUGGUCAUCGUGACAGCGAUGCCGAGUUCGAAGCCGAUUUGAAUUCCCGGAGGAGGUCUCGGUGCAGCAAAUGCGGGGG